AUGCUUCGGGCUAAACAACUCCUAAAAGCAUUCUCUUCCAACUCACCUCACUUCUACGGGUUUCUUUUCAAAACUUACGUGGCUCCAAUUAUAAAUUACUGCGCUGAGGUUUACUCUCCCUCCCCUAAUUCAUUGCUUUCGACUAAACUUGAGAAACCUCUUAGACACUUUACCAAGCGCGUUCUGCAACGAUGUAAUACUAAAUUCUCCUCUUAUGAAGAUAGACUGAGCAUAAUGAAACUCUUCUCCACCAGACACACUAGAAUUAAAGCUCAAAUGAAACUACUCUAUAGAUUCCUCACUGGAUCGUCCCACUUCCCUAGUCUUAAUCAAUUUGUCUCAUUUGCUAGCUCUAAUAGGCACCCUAUGAUUCUCGUUAGAAAGGACAGUUGCACCGCUCACUUUUUCGCCCAAUCAGUUCCCAUUUGGAAUAAUCUCUUUAAAAACGUCCCGGUUUUCCUCUCUCCUUUCCAAUUUUCUCACUUUCUCGAUCUUCACAUUCCCCGGUAUUGA